AUGGCAGAAGACUAUCCACGUUUUAGCGUCGAACACCCAGAGCAGCUGGAAACGUUUUUGCAAGAGCUCGGGCUCCACUUCGAUGCAAGAGCAAUUACUACCGAUGCUCAGAAGAGAGGAAUCUUGUACAAGGCAUUAUGCCCGGAGACACGGAGAUACCUUGCGGAAUGGGUGUUUCCUCGGACCAUAGAGAUGGUCUCUUUUGUCAACCUUGUGCAGAAGUUGCAAGAGAAGGUGCGUCCGGCCGUUAACCAGGGCGUUCUGUUCAACAACUUCGUCUGCCGCUUUCAGAAGGAAGGCGAGACAGGAGGACAGUACAUUGCGGCGCUCCGCACCCUGGUGCAGGGUCUAGGUCUUGGAUGGCACGGAGACCGCAUGGCGCUUUAUCAAUGUAAGCGAGGGCUCAGGGACCCCAAGAUGCAAGAAACCCUCUACGGUCUCCCCGAGAUCGAUCUCGAGGGGGCAAAGGAACUGAUCAAAGCUUCGGAAACAAGCAAGAAGUGUAUUCAGACCGUCACCUCACUCACCUCUGAAGUCCAUGCAGUAAAUCUUCACAACAAACCGAGGGACUUCGGCGGCAAGGGCAGAGGCGGUCCUAACAAGAAGACAUCUUCAGCUGACCUGAAUUGCUUCCGAUGUGGCGAACCUGGACACUCCGUGAGAAGAUGCAGCCUGGGAUAUAAUAGUUGUAAGUGUUCGGGCUGUGGUAAGGUAGGCCAUUUAGUAAAAGCUUGCAAAUCUAAGAAGAGCAAUCCAUCUGCUACAGCAAACUGUGUGAUUGCGCAGCAGCCUGUGUCCUCCCAGCCCGAACCUCCAGUUUCCCCUGCCAUGCCUUCUCAUAAUUGUUCAUACGAUGCAUACUCUGAGUUAUUCCAGAUUCAGUCACGUUUCCUAGACGACCCUGAGGAUGACCCAAUCCACAUCACCUUGUCCGUGAAUGGGGUCAACACCACAAUGCAGUUUGAUGACGGAGCUCAGAAAACCGUGAUGGCAGAGUCUACCUUUAGAAAGCUUUUUGGGUCAUCACUGGAUACAGAAAUGUCUCCAGUGCAACUCUAUUCUUGGGGCUGCACUGAACCGCACUCCACGGGAUCUUGCGUCGGUGUAGAGGUCUCCUUUGGAGGUAAGGUCUUCAAGCUGCCCUUGUUGAUUAGCCCAGUCAAAGCACUGCGUGCUCCCACGUUGCUUGGUAGGAAUUGGAUUCGUGCAUUCUGGGGCAAGGAUUUCCUACGACAAGCAUUGCAAAUUGACAAGUUCACUAUUCAUGCUGUUCAAUCGGAAUUACCCCAAAUGUCUGCACCUGUCAAGCCCACAGAGUUGUCUUCGGAAAACAUUGCAUCAUGGGCAGCCAAGUUUCCUUGUGUCACUGGAAGAGGGACGGGAAGAUACAAUGGACCUCCUGUUCACCUUCACUUGAAGCCUGGAGCCAAACCAAAGUAUCAACCUGCUCGUUCAAUUCCAUUCCCUCUGAUUACGAAGUACAACGAUGCUGUGGACCACAACAUCUCCUCUUCAGUUUGGGUUCCAGUGGAAGUGUCUGAGUGGGCCAGUGGUUUAGUCCCUGUUCAAAAGAAGAAUGGGGAGCUGAGAUUAUGCGCUGACUACAAGAGUACUUUGAACCCUGCUUUGCUCACUGAUUCCUACUGUUCACCCACAGUUUCAGAAGUUUUGGCAGCGGCAUCUGGAGCCACAAUCUUUGGAGAACUGGAUUGCAAAGAGGCGUACCUCCAGAUCCCGGUGGAUGAGGAGAGCUCCAUGCUGAUGGUCAUCAACACCAAGAGAGGCCUCUUCCGCCCCACCACCCUCCAAUUUGGUGUGAAGACCGCUCCAGCAAUCUUUCAGAGAUUAAUGGACGGCUUGCUGGGUAAGCUGGAGGGCACAGUUGCUUAUCAAGACAAUGUUUACAUUUUCGCAGCUGACCUCGAAGAGUACUCCAAGAGACUGGGAAGAGCUCUGUUGCUUCUGAGUCAAGCAGGCAUCAGGCUGAACACUGAGAAAUGCACCUGGAUAACCUCUUCCUUGGAAAUUCUGGGAUUCCGAGUGGAUAAACAAGGUGUUCACCCAACGAAGGAGAAAAUUCGGGCCAUCAUGGAAGCACCUACACCCCAUGACGAGAAGUCCCUUCAAUCUCUCCUUGGUUUGAUUUCUUUUUACAGCCGUUUCUUCAAAGGCAAGUCAACAAUCCUGGAGCCAUUACACCGCCUUCUCGACAAGGGAGCUGCGUUCCAGUGGUGCCAAGAGCAUCAAGCUGCGUUGUUGGCAGUGAAGAAUCAGCUGACUUCAGAUGCCGUGCUGGUUCAUUACGAUGCGAAGAAACCUCUGGUUUUGGCAGGAGACGCUUCACCUUAUGGCGUUGGCGCAGUCCUCAGUCACAUCGUGAAAAACAAGGAAGGUUUGGAAGAACAUGCACCAAUUUUGUUUGCUUCCAGGACUCUAUCUAAGGCAGAAAGGAAUUACUCGCAGCUGGACAGGGAGGCCCUGGCCAUCAUCUUUGGUGUGACCAAAUUCCAUCAAUACUUGUACGGAUUGGGACAGGAGUUUCAAAUCCUUACGGAUCACAAGCCAUUGAUCUCUCUUCUCGGAGCUGAAGCACCCAUCCCAGAGCAUCUAUCUCCACGAAUGGUCAGAUGUCCAGUUCCUCACAAGGAUGUAGAGGUGGAACCAGCCGGAAUUUUUCUGUUGGAAGCCAAGGAUUGGUCACCCAUCUCAGCUAAGGAUAUUUGCAACGCUUCCUCUGUGGACCCACUCCUGAGCAAGGUAAUCCAGUGGGUUAAGUUUGGUUGGCCUCAAUCUGUUCCAGAAGAAGCUAAACCCUAUUAUCUGAAGAGGGAUGAGCUGUCCAUGAUGAAAGGCUGUCUUCUGCGAGGCUAUUGUACGGUAGUGCCACCCGCUCUUCAAGACAUUGCUUUAAAGCUGGCGCACUCUCUUCAUUUUGGGAUUGCCCACACCAAGGCCAUGGCUAGGUCGCUGAUCUGGUGGCCAGGGAUGUCUCGGGAGUUGGAGAAGGAAGUCACUGCAUGCGUAGAAUGCCAGAAGAAUGCCAGUGCUCCUCCAAAAUCUACGUCAGCUUGCUGGCCAGCUGCUCGUGAAGUUUGGGAACGAGUCCACCUGGACUAUGCUGGCCCUGUCGAGGGGCAUUACCUGCUAAUUGGAAUUGAUGCUUACAGCAAAUGGCCCUUUGUAAAGGUAGUAAACAAUUUAACUGCUGCUACUUUGAUUACUCACAUCAGAUACAUCUUUGCAGAUUUCGGCAUUCCCUGUACCAUUGUCAAUGACAAUGGAGCGCAGUUGGUCUCAAAGGAGUUUGAGCAGUUUCUCCUGCACAACAAUGUUCGGCACGUCAUGUCCCCACCUUGGCAUCCAGCAUCCAACGGGUUGGCGGAGAGGACAGUCCGUUCUGUGAAAGAGCUGCUGAGGAAGUUCACCGAGGGGGACUUCCAUGCCAGGCUAGCCAGAGUUCUCCAUUCCAUGAGGAAUCGCCCGUCGGCAGCCAACGGCGUCUCUCCGGCCGAAGUGAUGUUCUCCAAUCGGCCUUCAAGGUCUCCUCUCCGGCGCCUUCAUCCGGACAGCUGGCCAACCCUUACUUCGACGGAGCCUCCACUUCAACCAGGCACACUUGUCUGGGCACUGAAACGUGUAAGAGGUACCACUUCCUGGGAGGCUGGUUAUCUUAAGGAGGCUUUGGGUUGCAGAAUCUACGUGGUGCAGCUCAACGACGGCUCCAUCCUGAAGGUCUCGGUGGACGAGGUGCGCAGGAGGCUAACGAAGGAGGACGAUGAUAGCGGCCGCCCACCCAUUCCGCCUUCAGUGUCAGAGGAGUUGCCUACCGCCACGGCGACGCCUUCAUCGGCGACAGGCAGCAUUGUCAUCCCCGUGGUGCAGCCUUCCACUGAGGCGUUGACCCUCAUUCCUGAGCCCGAGCAACCGAGGACGCCCCCGCCCUCACCGCUCCGGACUACUCUGACUCCUCCAGUCCAGACUCCUCAGACUUCUCCAGUUCGGGAGGAGCCCCUCAGGGACGAGACAGAGAGCCCUCGUCAGGAAGGACAUGAGCUGGGCAGCGAGAGUUCACUGUCACCACCGCAUCUCAGCCCGGAGGUCAAUCCCUUGGUCGGCCUGAACCCUCUUGGACGGGGCGGCAUCCUCACCACCCCUGCAUCUCGCGGUCGAGGACAGCGAGGACGGCCACGCGGUUCUACCAAUACUGUCAUCAACCCUGGGGCCGUACCUACUGUGACAAGAUCCGGCCGCAUUUCACAGGCCCCCAAGCGGGAGUGAUUUUCCCCCUUUGCCUUUUUUUUUUCAUCCAUCAUUUUUUUUUUGUAUCACCCUUUUUUCUAUGUCAUUUUUUUUGAAUGUUUUUUUUUUUUCUCUUUCAUCCAUCACCCUUUUUUUAUAUACCUUUUUUUGGUUUGUAUUAACUUAUUUUUAUCUCUUUUAGCUACUUGCAGUACAGACCUUUCCCUAAAAUUUAUUGCGGCUUUCUCCAAUUUUAAAUUUUUUUCGCCGCUUGCUCUGUUAAUAGCAUCAUUGGUUCUAUGCAGCGUCUAAUGUGAUUUUUUUUAAAAAAUUAGCUGCUCAUUAGAGUCGGGGGAAAUGGUUUUUGCUUUUCUUUUGGAACUGCAAGGUUUUAUGUUAAUCAAUUUUAUUGCUUUCAUUCUUUUUACCUUUUUAAAAAGCUUUUGUAAAGCAGCUCUUUUUGUGGGGAGGGGUGUUGUAACCCGUUUUCCUAUUGGCUUUCCCCUCCACCUGUCAGAUUGUCUGUGAUUGGUUGUGACGUCAUGUGUCAGUUGUCAAUUGUCAUGUCACGUGGCUUGCUAAUGUUUACUUGUGCUCAGCUGAGCGUCAAAUCACCAGUCUUCGUUGGAACUUGAAUAAAACCAGUCACUAGCUAAAA